UCCUCCUCCUCCUCCUCCUCCUCCUCCUCCUCCUCCUCUACUUCCUGUCGCCAGCCACCCCACGAAGGUGACCUGGGGGCACCCCGACUGGGGCGGAGAUUGCUCCGCAGUGCAGGAGCAGCUGCUGGACGGUGUCCGCGAGCUGCGCGCCACCAGCGGGGCCUUCGCGGCGUUCCGGCUCGCCGGCCCCGCCGUGGUGUGGGGGGACCCCGCGAAAGGCGGCCGCUGCCCCGACGAGGUGCGGGAGCUCCUCGCGGGGGGCGUCGCCGACGUGUGCGGCAACGAGGGCGCCUUCGCGGCGCUGACCCGCGGCGGCGCGGUGGCCGCGUGGGGCGCGGGCGCCUCUGGUGGGGACUGCUCGGCGCGCGCUGGGCAGCUGCAGGCUGUACGCCAGCUGUGCGCCUCCUCGUUCGCGUUCGCAGCCGUGAAGGAUGGCGGGCAGGUCGUCGCCUGGGGCCGCCGCACCCACGGGGGAGACCCUGGCCCGGUGCAGGACCAGCUCGAGGGCGUCCGCAGCGUCAGCUCCACGGACGGCGCCUUCGCCGCCUUGCGGGAGGACGGGUCCGUGGUGGUGUGGGGGCACCCGCUGCACGGCGGGCGGUGCCCGGCGGAGGCGCGCGAGCGCCUCGCUGGCGGCGUGACCAGCGUGCACGGCAAUGGCCAUGCGUUCGUCGCCGUGCGGGAGGACGGCGCCGUCGUCGCCUGGGGCGACCGCGACCGCGGCGGCGACGCCACCCAGGCAUGCGCGAGGCCCCCCCCCCCCCUGUUCUCCCGCUGGCCGCGCACGGCCCGCGCAGCGAGGACCGAGCGCGCCACGCAGGUCCCGCAGGGCGGUGCGGGCACGGUCGAGCGCGCGUCUGCGCGCCUCGGCCGGGUCUCGACGCAGAGUUUUGUCGUCGUCGUCCUGCACGUCAUCGUCGAGUAA